AUGCCAUCUCCGCUGCGGCUCCUGGAGAUCAGUACGGAUGGAACAAAGCGGGUCUCUGCGGCGUUAAGAAAGGCCCCGAGCGGGCCGAAACGCGUCAGGAACCGUGCUGGUCUUGUCACGGCUGAGAGCGACCUCCUGGGGACCGCUGCCAGCCCACGGACGUUUACACAGACCUGCCGGUACCGGAGAGCCGCCGGGCCACCGUCCCUACCCGGCAGACUGGGGCUGCUGGAGGACGUCUGGUCUGGCCGGCGCCCGUGGGGGAGGGAGGAGGGACGGGCGCAGGGGAGUACAGCCAUCCCUCUCGGGUUUAUUUUCCCCCAUGCUCUCCUCAGUAGGGAACCUUUCGAACCUCUUACCGUUUCCUACGCAUCAAAAACAAUUUUCCAAAGACUUUCUCCAGCUGGGGUUGCUGCGUCUUGCCUGGCACGGGGUCAGACGGUCAGGCGAAGUGCCGGGCGGGUUCCAGCAGUUGGACAGGGAUCUCCUUUUACAAGUUUGGAAGAUGCUGAAUUAAAGAAUUCAACCAAGCGAUUUGCUGAGAGGGACCAGCCUCCAUUCCAUGCGCUUGCCGAAUCAAGACUCUCUGGCCUUCUGAAAUACCGGUUAGUGUUGCACAGGCAUCUGAGAUCCCAGAAUGGAAGCACUACUUACCUGGCUUCCACGAAGGUCCUGACCUGCAUUCCAGUGAGGCAGCAUGACAGUGCACCAGUGUCAGCAAUCACCAGUAACCGCAAGCCAGACCUUCCUCCCGUUGUGCCACCCCAGAAGGUAAGAAACUGUCAGGGCACUCAGUUCUUAGCUCAAGGUAUGACAAUUUACGCUUCAGUGCUGGGAGUCUUUGGGUUUCAGUCCUCAGGCAAAAUGAGCAUGGACGCAGCUUGAGAGUUUUGCUCUAGAGGCUGGGGCU